AUGACGCCCCCGGACGAGAGCGAUCCCGGAAGUGUCGGCAACAUGUUUCCGGCUCUCGAGGCGCUCAGCAUCAUCGAGAUGCCGGAGCAGGCACCCAUUAUGGGUCAGGAAGCUCUACGGGAGGCAGACCGGUUGCUCGCCGCUGUAUCCGCGCGGCGAGAAUGGCUGGAUACCAUUCGGCAGCACGUCGAGAAGGUUGGCGGGAGUAGGCCCCGUUUCUAUUGA